GCGGCCGCCACGCUGCUGCCGCUGCCUACCGCGAGCAUGCCCUGGCCAUGCGCGAGCAGAUCCUGGCAGCUCAGCGCGCGGGCAUUCCAGCCCACCUGCUGCUGUCGGAUCGUGACUUCACGCCGGAGGACUACGAGCUAUUGUGCCGUUUGGACGAGCAGGUGGAAAACCGCAAGGGCGCCAAGGACGAGCAGCUGGCAGCGCUGCCGACCGAGGUGGUGGGCGCGGAGGGCCGCCGACGGAGCGACGGCGUUCCCUCCACGUGUAUCAUUUGCAUGGAGGAGAUUGCGCCGGGGGACGUCCUGAAGCGGUUGCCAUGUUUGCACGAUUUCCACGGCGACUGCGUGGAUACUUGGCUGAGGACGAAGGCGUGCUGCCCCGUUUGCCAGCGCGGCUUGGACCCUUCGACGUGAUGCCGAGUGUAUCUUUUUGGUGGUGGACGGAAAGUCGGUGGGAGGCCGUCUGGGGGCGGAGACUUUGUAGGUGUGUUGUGUGUGGAGCUGACACACGCGUGUGCCGUCGUCAUGUGUUCCCACCCCGCGGCUCAGAUCUCCAUGGAACACCGGACCGGGGUGUGUGCCCC